GCCAUUUACUCUGCAAAUCCUCUACCAGUGGAGCUUCUCCCAAUCAUACCCAUCUAUGGCAGUUCUCAUAUCGAUGGAAUACAAAUCCUGGAGGUUGCAGAUUAUCCUCUAAAUGCACUGGUUUUUGUGAGCAAGAAUCUGAAAAAGCUUGCUCAUGCAGUAGGAGAAAUAUGCUCCACGCUGCAGCGCCGCAGUACUGUUUUUAAUCUCCUCAUCUCUGACUGUGGAACAAAGAUGUUCCUGUUUCCUCAGGUCCAUUUGCUGGUGACCGGCCGUCAUCUUCAUGCGUGGGAAUGUGGCGGCUACUUCUUGUACAGCAAAAGCUCAGAUUUUGAUGAUGCCUCUGAGCCGGAGAUCUCGGAGCGGCUGGCUUCCGUCUCCAUGGACGCCGAGGGAUUUCAAUCCCUGAAGCAGCUUUGUUGUGGCUUAACAGCCAUGGUCUCUUGAGCAUUCAGUAUUGUUUCUAUUUGCUAAGAUAGAAUAAUUAAUUGGACAUAUGUGUGCCUUGCUUUGCUUGUUCAGCACUUGUUUUAUAAGUUGUAAGUUGUUUCUGCCUGCACAAUAAGUCGUGUUAUGUAAAACUGAACUUUCUGUUUGAAAAAUAAGUGGAAUGUUAUUAUAUGUUAUUAUGAAUUGGUACA